AUGGCCAUCGAGCAACACACGUCCGGGUGGGACAACUUCGUCGCCAAACAUGGCAACGUCGAAUUCGUCUGGCUACAAUUCAUGUCCUAUCGCAGUCUAGUCUAUACGCGCAUGUUCCCCAUGGACAAAUUCAAAGCCAUGGUGCAGAAGGGUAAAUUUAUCACCAUCCCGGAAGUCGCACUCCUCCUGGGUCCCGGCGAUCUUAUCGCCGAAGGAGGUCUCGCGUCGGGUAAAUUCUGGUUGCGGCCGGAUUUUGAGACCGUAUAUUGCCAGCCAGGAUCCAAUGGAACUCGAGCGGUCAUUAUGUGCGACUUUGUAGACGAUGACGGCACACCUGGCUUUCAGUGCGCAAGGUCGCGGCUGAGAGAUCUAGAGGAGACACUGUUGAGCGAGCUGGAGUGCUCGGCAUUGGUCGGCUCUGAAAUCGAGGUGACGUUCAUGCGAGCCGAGAAGAGCAAUGGGGUCGUGCGGUUCUCCAUGGCCAAUUACGAGCAUUCGUGGUCCAGUAUGACCGCCGAGGACGAGUCGAUGCUGGAGAUGCUGGAGACCAUUGCGCGGACGCUGGCUACGGCAGAUGUUCCCUUGGAGCAGUUCCAUGCCGAGGCGGCACCAGGUCAAUGGGAGUUUGUCCUGCCGCCUGCUAAGCCCAUCCAGGCCGCUGAUAUGCUGAUCAGGGCUCGUGAGACCAUCAAACGAGUUGCAAACUCGUUCGGGUAUCAUGCUACAGUGUAUUCGCGCCCAUCAUCCGUCCAUCCCGGUAACGGGGGUCACGUACAUAUGUCAGUAAAUUCCGUGGGUGAAUCAGACAAUUGGGUCCGAAAGGCAGAAUCUUUCUUCGCAGGUAUCAUGAGCCAUAUGCCCGCCAUAAUGGCGUUCUCCUUGCCUCAAGAUAUCAGCUACAGUCGUGUCGCACCGGGGCUUUGGAGUGGCGGCGAAUACGCCUGCUGGGGGUGGGAGAACAAGGAGGUUCCACUUCGUCGUAUCGAGGAGAAUCAUUUCGAGUUUAAGCUGGCUGACGGCCUCGCAAAUCCUUAUCUCACUUUGUCCGCAAUGAUCGCCGCUGGAAUCGAUGGGAUGCGGAGUCAAGAGCCUCUGCAGGGAGGUGACUGCGUGACAUCUGCAUCAGAACUGUCGCCGGGCGAGCAGCAUGCCCUGGGAAUCAAUACGAUCCUGCCGAAAUCACUCGAUGAGAGUUUGAAUAACUUGGAGAGGGACCUUGGUUUACGCGAACUGUGUGGCCAAGUGAUCAUCAGCACAUAUGUGUUAGUCAAGCGGACGGAGGCAAAGAUACUACGCCAGAUGGCCGAGGACGAUCGAAGGAACUGGCUGAUCGCGAGGUACUGA